CAUCCAUCCACCUGCAUUCAAUCCCCAUUCAUCCCAUCUGCAAGUACCUUUGUCAAUAACGAACUUCUUUGUUCCAUCCUACGCUCUACAUCCACUCCCGGUUCUUAAAACAAAGAACCACACUCACAACCCUACUACUGUUUAAACGCGGGCUUCGGCCAUCUACUACUUACUGUGACGCAGGCGAGAGACUGCAUUCUGUACUGAAGAGACCAUAAGGAGACCAACCGCCCGGCGGACGCCGCUUGCAUUGCGUGAGUUUCGGACCUGACAGGAUAACGGACCUUCCUAGGAAAAGAGUUUAAACCGGACUCGACGAGCAUACAAUAUGCUGUCCACAAAAGCACCAGCCUCGAGCAUUCAGCGCCGACGAACACAACAUCGGCGCCAGAACUCAACACCAGCAACAUUUGAGGCACCACGAGUACGAGCCCUACCUGCUAACAACCUACAACAAAAACGACAACAGCGGACGGGCGUGAGUCUUGAUCUCCGAGGCCUUGACCUGGAAUCAAUUCACAUGCCCCAAGGACCGCUGCCGGACCAAAUCCAUUCGGCCCCAGGACCCAUGGAUUCCUUUAUGCAGGAGGACAGUACGGUAAGUAUUACUAACAUAGGACAACCCCAACAGCAAUUUAUGCAAGUAGCGCAAUCGCACAGCCAGCCCCAGCCGGGCCCCCAGGAACCCUUUCUACGUUCUCCAGUACAGCAGUCUCUCUCCUCGCCACGGACGCCACGACGGACAAUCCGUGGCCAGUCUCCACAACAAGCCCCCCUCUCCCCUUCCAAACCUCCCACAGAACAGCAAUUGAAAGACCUACAUGAGCACAUACAGUCGGUGUAUGGCUCAUGUGGCCAAGUCUUCAUCAACAUCCUCCCAACACCAACUGCCACUCCCCAAAAGCCAGCGCAGUUACCAAGUCAUGAGUCUCUCGAUACGGCGCCAAUGCCUCACAGUUUCUCCGACAUGGCAGAUAUCAACCUAGAGCCGACAUCGAGUGCCAUGACCUUCGACUUCGAUCAUCCAGACGCCGACUUGGGCUAUGAAUCGUCGUCUUAUUAUACCUCGGAUGCCCUAUCCCCUUCACCGAUCCCCUCGCCACACCAAAAGCCCCUUAAGCCAUUCCUCGAGGGUAUCGAAGAGCACCCAUCACAACCCAUGACUUUCUCGCAGUCAUCAGAGUUCCUCUCCAGCACCGCCACAUCUUCAUUCCAAGACAAUGUUGCCAUGCCCAUAAGCUCACCGGGCCAAUCCUCUCUCCUCAAUGAUCUCGAAUUCGAUGCCAGCCUCGAGUACACUGGCAUCUCGCCAGAGGAGGUGCAGAGAUAUAUUAGCGACCAGGACCAAGUAACAAACAAAUGGACCUGCCUCUACCCAGAAUGCGGCAAAGUCUUUGGCCGAAGGGAAAACAUCCGAUCACACGUCCAGACUCAUCUUGGAGACAGGCAAUUCCGAUGCAAUGAGUGUGGCAAGUGCUUCGUCCGCCAACACGAUCUCAAGCGCCAUGCCAAAAUCCACACGGGCAAUAAGCCAUAUAAGUGUCCCUGUGGCGCAGGAUUCGCCAGACAAGAUGCUCUUACUCGCCAUCGCCAGCGUGGCAUGUGCGUUGGAGGAUUCCCCGAUGCCGUCAGGCGGCAAGCAAAGCGCGGUAGGCCCAAGAAGAACCGACCAGAUAUCGAAGAGAGGACAACAAAGGCAAACAAAACCCGACGGGCGUUGGCAUCUGCAGCCUCGUCGGUCUCUGCAGGCUCGCCUGCAUCCGAUAUCUACUCUGCUCGUCAAUCCCCUUCGCCCCUCGGAGAUCUUGAGAUGGUUCAAACGCAUGGACUUCCUCGCUCCUUCUCGACAAUGGAGAGCUUCAGCGAUCCGAUGAGCUCUUCUUCAAAUUCGUUCAGCUACAAUACCUCCCAAUAUGUUGAAGCUUCACAAGUCAAGACAGAGAGUUUCACUUCAUCCGACUCCUUCAAUGGCGACGUAGCUUCAUUCAACAUCUUGCAACAACUUUCGCAAACUACACACACCCCUCCAAUGUCCCCAGCAAACGCUCGACCACUAUCGUCUGGUCUUGAUGCCAAAUCGGAAGCGCAGCAAAACUCGUGCACAGAUGCUUCGACUCCAUCUCAUUCAUCAAUACAAUCAAAUCCAUUCUCGACACCGCCAACAUCACCGGCGGAGCCCAGAGAAGAGGACAGCAGCAAUUUCAAAUUCGAGCCUAGGGAUGAGCUGGAAGACCUUUUCAGCUCACUGCCCGACAGCACGUGCUCGCAGUUCGAUCUGGAGAUGAAUGCGAUAAGCGAUCUGACUUCGUUUGAUUCGACCACCUACGACUUCUUGGACUUUAACAAUGUGUAGAUAAGUACUUUAAUUGCGGCUGUUUGUUUGUUCGAUGUAUGAUAGAAGCGGAGACUUAUGAACGUAAUGAUUAAAAAGGCGUUCUACUUGUCUCUGGGAUAUAAUAAAGGAGCAUUGGGCGGGUGGCUGGGAAACACCUCAGGGUCUUUUACGAAGAAUGAACUUUCUUGGAUUCGAAUGUUACGUUUUUAGGGUAAAGCGUACGCCUUUUGGCUAUUAGGUUCGCUCGGCGCAUUCGGUAUCGGUGGUGAUACGUAGCAUAUCACAAGUACGUAGAAAGAAUGGAGAUAUGGUAUUCAAUCU